CAACAACAAUAAAACAUCUUUCAUUUGAAGAAUGCCGGUGCAGAUCUUUUGCACGAUUUCCUUCUCGGCCGACGAUGAGGAGGAGGAGGAGGUGGAGAGGAAGCGAGGGGAGAGUUUCGAGCAGUUUUCCGAGGACGGGGAGGACGAGGGGGGGGACGGCGAUGGCGGGAAGCGAAGCUUCACCGAGUUCGCGGGCUCCACCAACCUGCACGGCAUGAACCACAUCUUCGUGGAGCAGGGCGGCUGCGGGGUCCGCCAGUUGCUGUGGGGCUGCGCCUUCCUCUCGUCCCUCGCCAUCUUCCUCUACCAGGUGAUGGACCGGGUGAUGUACUACCUGGAGUACCACCACAUCACGGCGCUCGACGAGAUCGACAGCCACUUCAUGUACUUCCCGGCCAUCACCCUGUGCAACUUCAACCGCUUCAGGCGCUCCGCCAUCACCUACUCCGACCUGGAGCGGAUCGGGCCGCUGGUCGGCUUCACCAGGGGCAUGGACUUGGGCUUCGAGGCGGCCGGCGGCGGCGGCAGCGGCCCCCUCAGCAUGUACGACCUGUUCAACAGGACCAGCCACCGGCUGGAGGACAUGCUGAAGGAAUGCACGUACCGCGCACAGGAAUGCGGCCCCGAAAACUUCACGGUGGUAUUUACGAGGUACGGCAAGUGCUACACUUUCAACUCGGGCCAGACUAAAGACCAGCCCAUCUUGACCACCCUGAAGGGCGGAACAGGGAACGGUCUGGAACUGAUGCUGGACAUUCAACAGGAUGAGUACCUUCCCGUCUGGGGUGAAACAGAUGAAACCUCCUUUGAAGCUGGUAUAAAGGUUCAGAUCCACGGUCAGAAUGAGCCGCCGUUUAUCGACCAGCUGGGUUUCGGUGUGCCACCGGGCUUUCAGACGUUUGUGUCGUGCCAGGAACAGCGGCUAAUCUACCUGCCUCCCCCCUGGGGCGACUGCAAAUCUACUCCCAUGGACUCGGACUUCUUUGACACCUACAGCAUCACCGCUUGUAGGAUUGACUGUGAGACCCGGUACUUGGUUGAAAACUGUAACUGUCGCAUGGUUCACAUGCCAGGUGAUGCCCCGUACUGCACUCCCGAACAGUACAGAGAGUGUGCUGACCCAGCCCUAGGGUUCUUGGUGGAGAAGGACAGUCUGUUUUGCACAUGUGAGACGCCGUGCAACAUGACGCGCUACGGUAAGGAGCUGUCCAUGGUUAAAAUUCCCAGCAAGGCUUCGGCCAAAUACUUGGCCAAAAAGUACAACAAGUCGGAAGAUUACAUAGGGGAGAACAUCCUUGUGCUGGAUAUCUUCUUUGAAGCACUAAACUAUGAAACAAUUGAACAGAAGAAAGCCUAUGAGGUUGCUGGCUUGCUGGGGGACAUCGGAGGGCAAAUGGGAUUAUUUAUUGGUGCGAGCCUUCUGACAAUCCUGGAAGUCUUCGACUACGUGUAUGAGGUGUUGAAGCACAAACUCUGCGGCUUGCUGAAGUACGGCAAACAGCAGAAGCGAAACAACAACAACAAAGGAGUCACCCUGAGCCUGGAUGACAUCAAGCGCCAUAACCCAUGCGAGAACCUGAGGACCCACCCAGGCGGGAUGACGUACCCGGCCAACAUCCUACCUCACCACCCGCCCCGCAGCACCUUCGAGGACUUCACCUGCUGAUGGCGGCGCCGACCACACGUCCGGCCACGACUGGCAACACCCACAUCCCCCCCCCCCCCCUCCCCACCCACUUAUCCCGCCGUUCAACGAGCAGAGAGGAGACUGAGCCAACCAAGGAGAUGGGGGGGGGGGGGGGGUGGGGGGCUGUCCAAACCUGACCUACCAAAGUCAUUGAACAAACCUUCUGGAGACAACACUCAAACGCAAAGCAACAACCCGCCUCCACGCUGAACGGCAGUCUUGGGGAUGGCGGUUCCGUGGACUCUGCUCACUAACUUUUCAAACAAAGAAGAAGAAGAAGAAGAAAAACAACUUUUUUCUCUCAUCUAGAGUCAUAUUCCAGUUUUGUAAAAGGGAUUUUUUAUUCACUCUUUCUCGUAAACGGUUGUUCUGUAGGCCGCUUGUGUUACCGUGUGUGAUCAUGUUCUUAAGCUUAAAGAGGGAAGCAUUUAGACUCCA